UCUCCUUUCAUGUUUCUUUCCUUCCUGCCCAAGAAAUCCCUUUUCUUUCUCUCCAACAUCUUGCUUUUGUGAAUUUUAAAGUUGACUGUGAAACGGGUUUUUUAAUAUCAUCAUUGAUAUUGCAUGCAGAUGAGAAGAAAAUGUGUGUGAAAAAGGAAUAGGAGUAGUGAAAAUGACGAAGGGCGACGGUUCAGAGAAGACGAGAGGAGUUCCUACCGACCAUGGCUUCACCGAUAUUGUGCUUUCUUGGUCCCUUGAAGAUAUUGAAAACGAAGACCUUUACAAGUACCAGGUGGAAAAGAUUCCACAAUCCUUUGAAUCAAUUGGCCAGUAUUUUGGGUCAUAUGUUUACCCCUUACUGGAAGAAACUCGUGCACAACUGCAUUCGAGUAUGGAGAUUAUUUCAAGAGCCCCUUUUGCUGAAGUAAUUGCAUGUCAUGAAUCUAAGGCAUAUGGUACAAAAUUGUAUGAUGUUGAAGUUGAUCAGUGGAGAAACAGAUUCACUGUUCGUGGCGAGGAGCCUUACAAGACAUUGCCAGGAGAUGUAUUUGUUUUAGCAGAUGCAAAACCCGAGGAUGUUUCUGAUUUACAAAGAAUAGGAAGGCAAUGGGCUUUUGUAGCUGUCACCAAAAUUCUAGAGGAUGUGAAUGAGGAUGAUAGCUCAUCAACCAGAUUCAAAGUCAAAGCAUUGAAAGACAUUGAAGUUGACGCUGGGAACCAUAAGUCUUUGUUUGUGAUUUUCUUGAUAAAUACAAUCCCUAACAAGAGAAUAUGGAACGCAUUGCACAUGCCGGGAAAUCUACAGAUUAUCAAGAAAGUUUUGUGCACUAAUUCUUUGAUUGAGGAAGAUUGUAAUCUCUGCUCUGCAGAGAGUGAUGGCAGCUGGCAUGAGAAAUUUGGGACCAUCAUAAAUUCUAAACUGAAUGAACCCCAAACCCAGACAUUUUUGGCAUGUCUUCGUAAGAUGCAUUGCAGCCACAAGACGGAAGUGGAACUUAUAUGGGGCCCACCCGGUACAGGGAAAACAAAAAUCAUUAGUACUCUGCUCUUAUCCUUUUUUAGAAUGGGAUAUAGAACUCUUACCUGUGCCCCAACAAAUGUUGCAAUUACAGGAGUGGCCUCCGGCAUAACAGAGUUGGUGAAAGAAUUGCUUAAAACUGAUGGUUCGUUUUGCUCAUUGGGAGAUAUUCUUUUGUUUGGGAAUAAGGAGCGACUCAAACUUGGUUCAGACAUUGAAGAGAUAUAUUUAGAUUAUCGGGUCCAAAGGCUUACAGAGUGCUUGGGACAUCGGACUGGUUGGAGGCAUUGUUUUGAGUCAAUGAUUGAUCUUCUUGAGAAUUGUGUUUCUAAGUAUCACGUGCUCUUGGAAAAUGAAUCGAUAAUAGAGAGAGAAAAGAGCAAAGAAAAAGAGAUCAAAGAGGAAAGCAGGGAGGAAACUGAUGCUAGCAACGAAACUUACAAGUCAUUUCUUGAUUUUGUGAGAAAAAGAUUUGUUUCUAUUUCAUCACCACUCAAAAAUUGUUUUCGAGUCUUCCAUACACAUUUACCCAAAAGUUACACUCAAAGCAAUUUCCAAAACAUGAUUUCUCUAAUUGGCCUACUUGAGUCUUUUGAAACCUUAUUGUAUCAAGAUAGCGUGGAGUCUGAAGUCCUGGAGGAGCUUUUUUCUCGUUUAGAAGUAGUUGGAGAUGCUGUGCAGCCACUUAUGGAUAUACCCCAGUUGCAUGCAAGUAGAAAAGAAUGCCUUUCUGUUCUAAAAACUCUUCAGGCUUCAUUUAACAAACUUGAGCUUCCAAUGGGUAUGAACAAAGAAUCAACAAUGGAUUUUUGUCUUCAAGCGGCUUCCUUACUUUUAUGCACUGCUUCAAGUUCUUACAAACUGCAUUCGGUGGCAAUGAAACCACUGAGCAUUCUGGUUAUUGAUGAAGCUGCACAAUUAAAGGAGUGUGAGUCAGCCAUACCCCUUCAACUUCCAGGUUUAAGGCAUGCUAUUCUGGUUGGGGAUGAGUGCCAAUUACCAGCAAUGGUUGAAAGCAAUAUUUCUAGCGAAGCUGGUUUUGGGAGGAGUCUAUUUGAGAGAAUGAGCUCACUGGGUCACUCGAAGCAUCUUCUUAAUAUACAGUAUCGAAUGCAUCCGUCUAUAAGUUCUUUCCCAAAUUUGAAUUUUUAUUGCAACCGGAUCAUAGAUGCUCUGAAUGUUAAAAGAAAAGGCUAUGAAAAGCACUACCUUCCAGGGCCAAUGUUUGGUACAUAUUCUUUUAUAAAUAUAGUAGAUGGAAGAGAAGAACAAGGUGAUGUUGGGUAUGGUUGGAGAAACCUGGUCGAAGUUGCUCUUGUCAUGAAAAUAUUGCUCAAUUUAUACAAAGCUUGGGUUGGUUCAAGACAGAAGCUCAGUAUUGGUGUAAUAUCUCCUUAUGCUGCUCAAGUAGUUGCAAUUCAGGACAAACUUGGAAGGAAGUAUGUUAAUAUUGAUGGGUUCACAGUGAAGGUGAAGUCAGUUGAUGGGUUCCAGGGUGGGGAGGAGGACAUAAUAAUAAUAUCAACUGUGAGAUCUAAUAGGUAUGCAUCAAUUGGGUUCAUAUCGAAUCCUCAGAGAACGAAUGUUGCUCUUACCAGGGCGAGGCACUGUCUAUGGAUCUUGGGAAAUGAAGGUACACUUGGUAAUAGUGACUCCAUCUGGGAAGCCUUAGUACUUGAUGCUAAGAAACGUCAGUGUUUCUUUAAUGCUGAUGAGGACAAGGAUUUACACAAAGCACUUUUAGAUGUGAAGAGAGAAUUUGAACAAUUUGAUGAUUUGCUGAAUGGAGAUAGCUUACUUUUCAGAAGUGCUAGGUGGAAGGUUCUUUUCAGUGAUAAUUUUCUGAGAUCAUUUAAAAAAUUGAAGUCUGUAAUGAGAAAAAACUUGGUUAUAGAACAUCUACUUAAACUUUCCCGUGGCUGGAGACCCAAGAAGAGAAGUUCAGAUCCAGUUUGUGGAAGUUCUUCACAGAUCAUAAAGCAAUUUAAGGUUGAAGAUCUUUAUAUUGUUUGUGCAAAUGACAUCAGAAAGGAAUGGAGUGACGAAGUAAAGGAACUGAUGUACUAUCAAGUUUUGAAGGUCUGGGAUAUAUUACCUGCAGAGGAAAUUCCAAAAUUAAUCAAACGGCUUGAUAGCAUGUUUGGGAAAUAUACAGAUGACUUUCUUAAUCGCUGCAAAGAGAAAUGUCUUGAGAGGAGUUUGGAAGUUCCGAAGAGUUGGUCAAGCUCUUUUGAUAUUGUACGGAUUAGGAAUGUUGCUAAUAGUGAAAAUGAGAGUGAUUUAGUUGGUUGCGCUUCUGAUGGUAGAAGUUAUGUUGAGAAUGCAAAGGUUAGUGAGAGUCUGAUGCUGAUGAAAUUCUACUCUUUCUCAUCUGGUGUUGUGGGUCAGUUGCUUUCAAACAAGGAUAGUGGUGAACUGGAUCUUCCAUUUGAAGUAACUGACCAAGAGCAGGAGAUAAUCGUUUUACCUAGAAGUGCUUUUAUACUUGGACGGUCAGGUACUGGGAAAACCACUGUUUUGACUAGGAAGUUAUUAGAGAAAGAAAAGGUGUUCCAGAUGGCAACAGAAUUAUUUUAUGGUGUGAAGAGCAAUAACCUUGUGCAUAGCCCAGAGAAUGAGGUUGAGGAGACCUUGGCAGAAACAAAGAGAACUAUAUUGCACCAGCUUUUUGUGACAGUGAGCCAUAAACUGUGUUAUGCUGUCAAACUGCAGGUCACACAACAUGUUUCUCAGUUGAAAAGCUCUGUCUGUGAUGGUGAUUGCUCUAAAGGUACCGGUUCAAAUGAUAUUGAUGAUUUUGACGAUGCAGUUCAAUUCAAGGACAUCCCAGAUUCUUUUGUUGGUGUUGCUACCAUGUCCUAUCCUCUUGUGAUAACAUUUCAUAAAUUUCUGAUGAUGCUUGAUGGAACUGUGGGCAAUUCCUACUUUGAAAGAUUCCAUGAAGUGAGAAAACUUAAUCCUAGUCGAGUUGGUGGUAGAUCAGUUGCCUUAGAGACCUUUAUAAAGUUGAAGGAAGUUAAUUAUGAGAGGUUUAGUUUAUCAUACUGGCCCCAUUUCAAUGCCAAGCUAAUUACAAAGCUUGACUCUUCCAGAGUUUUCACAGAGAUUAUUUCUCAUAUAAAAGGUGGCCCACAAGCUGUAGAGGAAGGUGAUGGUAAGCUCAGUCGUGACGACUAUCUUUUACUAUCAAAUAGCCGUGUUUCCAGUUUAAGUAGACAGGAGAGAGAAAUAAUAUAUGAGCUCUUUCAAAAUUAUGAAAAGAUGAAGAUGGAAAAUGGUGAGUUUGAUCUGGCUGAUCUUGUGAUUGAUCUACAUCGUCGUUUGAGAAUUGGAAGCUACAAUGGUGAUAAAAUUGAUUUUGUAUACAUAGAUGAGGUUCAGGAUCUUACAUUGAGCCAAAUUGCGUUAUUCAAAUAUAUCUGCGAAAAUGUUGAAGAAGGUUUUGUUUUCUCUGGUGAUACAGCACAAACUAUUGCGAGGGGAAUUGAUUUUAGGUUCCAGGAUAUACGAUCUCUAUUCUACAAGAAGUUUCUACUUGAAUCAAAAAGCAGUGGACAUAAUAAAAGAGAAGAAAAAGGAAUAAUGUCAAAUAUUUUCUAUCUGAGCCAGAACUUCCGUACUCAUGAUGGGGUUCUCAAACUAGCACACAGUGUUAUUGAACUUCUAUAUCAUUUCUUUCCUCAAUCGAUUGAUGUUUUGGAGCCUGAGAAUAGUCUUGUGUAUGGAGAAGCUCCGAUUUUGCUUGAAUCAGGGAGCAAUGAAAAUGCAAUCAUCACUAUUUUUGGAAAUAGUGGAAAUAGUGGAGCAAGUAUUGUUGGCUUUGGUGCGGAGCAGGUAAUAUUGGUACGGGAUGAUUCUGCUCGGAAGGAAGUUGCCAAAUAUGUUGGGAAGCAAGCUCUUGUUCUAACUAUUGUGGAGUGUAAGGGCCUUGAGUUUCAGGAUGUAUUGUUGUACAACUUUUUUGGCUCAUCACCUUUGAAAAAUAAAUGGAGGGUAAUAUAUGAAUAUAUGAAGGAAUACGAUUUGCUCGACUCAACGUCACCUAGCACAUUUUCCACCAAACACAAUGUCUUAUGCUCAGAACUAAAGCAACUUUAUGUAGCUGUCACACGAACAAGGCAGAGAUUGUGGAUUUGUGAGAAUACAGAGGAGUUCUGCAAACCUAUGUUUGAAUAUUGGAAGAAAAAGUGUCUUGUCCAAGUCAGACAACUGGACGACUCACUUGCUCAGGCAAUGCAAGUUGCUAGCAGUUCAGAGGAGUGGAGGUCAAGGGGCAUGAAGCUAUAUCAUGAUUGUAACUAUGAAAUAGCAACAAUGUGCUUUGAAAGAGCCGGGGAUACUUAUUGGGAAAGAAGAUCUAAGGCUGCUGGCCUUAGAGCCACGGCUGACCGAAUGCGGCAUUUGAAUCCUGAAGCAGCAAAUGUUAUACUUAGGGAAGCUGCUGAUAUAUUUGAAGCAAUAGGCAAGGCUGAUUCUGCUGCCCGUUGUUUUUGUGAGUUGGGGGAGUAUGAAAGAGCAGGCAGGCUUUAUUUAGAAAAAUGUGGGGUGUCAGAGCUGGAAAAGGCUGGGGAAUGCUUUUCUCUUGCGGGAUGUUAUGAACUUGCAGCUGAUGUUUAUGCUAGGGGUUAUUUCUUCCCAGAAUGUUUAAAAGUUUGCUCCAAGGGAAAAUUAUUUGACAAGGGUUUCGAGUACAUUCGGGAUUGGAAACAAGAUGCAACUAUAGAUGUUGGCGUGGUUAGAAGAGGAAAAGUAAUAGAAAACAUUGAACAAGAGUUUCUAGAGGGUUGUGCUCUUCAUUAUUAUGAGCUUAAAGAUCACAGAUCCAUGAUGAGGUUUGUUAAAGGUUUUCAGUCCAUAGAAUUGAUGCGCAAGUUUUUGAAGCCUCUGGAUUGCUUUGAUGAGCUUUUGUUUUUGGAAGAAGAAUUGGGCAACUUCUUAGAGGCUGCAAACAUUGCGAAGUUAAGAGGGGAGAUUCUAAAGGCUUCCGAUCUCCUUGGGAAGGCCGAGAAUUUCAAAGAAGCAUCCAUGCUAAUUCUCCUCUUUGUGUUGUCCAGCUCAUUAUGGACAACUGGAAGUAAAGGCUGGCCUUUAAAGCAGUUUACAGAGAAGCAAGAGCUUUUGGCAAAAGCAAAGUCAUUCGCUAAGAACGAGUCCAACAACUUCUAUGCUUGUGUUUGUACAGAGGCUGAUGUUUUAUCAAACGAGAAGACUAGUGUGUCCGUCAUGAAAAAUUCUUUGAAUUCUUCUCAGAGACACAAGAGUGCUUGUGGUGAAAUAAUAUCCGCUCGAAAAAUUAUAGAUGCUCAUCUUCAUACAGACUUGUCAAAGUAUAUGUGGGAAGAUUAUUUUGUUUUCGAUCGAAUAAAGCAUUCGGAGCAGAUGAUCUCUGGAAAUCAGAUUUCUGUAGAAACACUUGUUCACUUUUGGAAUUUUUGGAAAGAUCAUGUUGUGAACAUUUUCAAGUAUCUCAGAAGUCUUGAAACCCAAGAUUUUAAUGAAUAUAAACAAUAUGGAGAUUUCUGUUUGAAUUACUUGGGAGUGUGGAGACAGUUCCGUGAACUUAACGCAAUCUAUCUUUUGCUCAACCCUGGUGCUGAUUGGGUGAGAGAUAGAGAUAAUCGAUUCCUUCAUCGGAAUGGAAAGUUGGUUUCUAUUGAUGUUCGCCAUUUAGCUUUGACUGCUCGAAGUUACUGGUCUUCAGAAAUACUUUCUGUUGGCCUGCAGGUUUUGGAGAAUCUUGAAGCUCUUUAUAAUCUCUCAUUAAACAAUAACCUCUCCAUGUUCUGCCAAAGUAGAUCACUUACUCAUAUAUAUGAAGUUGCAAAGUCUCUUUUGGAAUCCGAAUAUCUGGACCGUGGGUGCCAAGGUGCCAAGGCAUUACAGAGAUUUGCCAAAUUUUCUGCUGAAUCUUUCUUUGGCUAUGUAUUUCCUCUAGAUUGGCGAAAAUCAUUGGCAGAGAACAUGUUUUCUCUGAGAGGGAGUGAAGUUUCUAAGCAUUUACUACAAGAAGUGAUAUUGGAAAACAUCAGCUCGAGGGGUAAGCUAACUUAUGGGAAAAUUGGAAGAGUUGUGAUGAUAAUUCUUGGAUUGGGUAAGCUAAACAAUGAUUUGUAUGAGAAGAUUAUAAAAUUGUUUGAUGGUAUAGAUGGGAACCCACCUUGGAAAACAUUCAUUCAGAAUCUUUGUGGGAAUGUUGAUAUUUCAUUUCCACAAGCUACUGUGCCUGACAAUAUCAGUAAAUCUCCAAGAGAGUGGUCCCUUCUAUUCAGGCUCCAUGAAGCUUUGAAGGAUACCUAUAACGCCAACUGGAUGAAAGAAAAUGACUACAUAUCUCCCAGUUGUUUCUUGUAUCUUGUUGAGCGCCUAUUGAUCUUGGCAUCCUCCUUCCAUGGUUACUUCAUCACUUCGAAGUCUUCUUUUGUUGAAUGGUUUAUCUACGAAGAGGUAGGUAACAACCCAAAUUCCACUUUCGUUUCUGAAGUGCAACCUUUCCUAAGAAGAAUCUAUGAGUCAAUUAUUGAUUUUGUUCGGCAGUUUCUUUGUGAUAAGAAGGCGACACUUGAAUGGAUUAGAAGGUCUAAUAUAAAUGCAAAGGAUUACUAUCCGUUGCUGGUGUUGAGAUUGGUUGCUAUAAUAUGUUUGGUUAAUCUGAACUCUGGGAGUUUUGUAGAUUCACUUUCUGAAUUGCUUGGUUGGAGCUCUAUCACUGAGCAACUUCCAUCCGAAUUUUAUGAUGUCCUUAGGAGAAGAGGGAAACAUUUACAUAUGAAUGUAAAUGUGCUUGCUGAAGCAUUUAAGAAGGUCCACAAUCCUCUUGUAAUUGUGAGUUUGGGAAAGAAUUGUUCGCAAUUUUUAUGUCCAGAUGCCAUUUUUGUUGAUAUGACGGCAAAGCCGUCCUGGGGGGACAUGUUGAGAGUCCUUCAUCUUCAGGCAGUCGAAGCCUCUCGAGGUCAAAUUGGAGCUUUUGAAGUGGGUGCAACUAAUUCUUGUGGCGAAGUUCUUUUGUCAGACAGUUAUGACCACGGGGGUUAUAAGCUCGCACCUUCAAACUUGGCAGGUCAGGGUGAUUUGAACAACAUAAUUGGAAUCAAGCUACCAAUUAAUUAUAGUUACUUUUGGGAUAGAUUCGAAGCUUUGAAGCCACUGGAGAUUGGUGGAGAUCCAAGGUGCAUGUUGGAAAAUGUCCAAGCAAUGAAGGUAAACCUGGGGGAAUGUAUUCACCUUUUAAGAAUUAUUAUGCGUGAAUGCCGUCAGAUGAAUAUUUACCACGAACAUGAAAACUUAUUGAAGGAAGUAGCUGGCAUGCUCGAGGAACUGAAUCUACUUUCUGUUGCAUUGGAUGCGAGGGAACCGCAGCCUGGGAACAAUAUUUCAACAAUUGGCGAACUUUCCAAGAGAUUACAAUCAAGAAGACAACGUGUCGAACCUUCCUUAAAUCAGCUUUUCUUGCAACUCAGCGCAAUACAUCCGGUAGAGGCAUCAGAAAUCGAGAAUACAUCUGUGGACCGGUACAAUGAGAUGGACAGUGAUGGUGAGUCUAAGGAAGGCAGCAGUGUUGAUAAGGGUAAGUCAAAUGCUUCAGAAGUUGCUGCGGUGUCUGGAGCCUACAGCCAAAGCAGCAAGGAAACACAAAACAAGGGAAAGGGCAACAAGUCUAAGAAGAAGAAUAGGGGUAAAGGAAGCCGGAAGAAAUAAAUAGCUGUACAUGAGUUGGAAGGUUUGAUGACAUUAUGCUUUCAGAAACGUUAUUCUAAUGUGCUAGAAUACAUCAUUGAAAGAGCUACCUAAUACAUAUCUCAAUGUAAAGUAAGACUCAGGGCUGGAAUUAACUGCUUAUUAGUUUUGG